GUCCACCUACAGCAGGUCGUGUCACGUAUGUUCGGGUCAACAACCUGGCAUCACUGAAAAGGCAAGAAGUCACAGAUAAUCGGGUUAUCAUUCGGCCAGGUGUGGAAGACUGCCCACGUCUUGGCUGACUUAAGACACCGGGGUUGAGCGUCUUCCUCUCCCGGGGGACUCCCUGGUUUCUUGGCAAUCUUCUCAACUGAGAACUGUCCACACAUUUCUUCGCAAUCAUGACGAAAAGUUCGAACGAGAACGGGUCCGCCAUCGACUCACCUGUGACCAGGGAAGACCAAAAUGGUCACCACGCGGCAAACGGUGGAACUGCAACCCCUACUCAAGCUAGCACGACAAACCUGAGAGAAACACCUCCUGUCGACGUGAAAGGGAAAAGCAAGGGCAAAUACAGCGAGUCCAUGAAGAUUCUUAUACCAUUUCGAUCUACCAAAAAGGACAGACAUAUAUUUCCCGUUGACCAAAGCGGUCUGUUCUCCAACAUCUACUCGGGCUGGAUGAACUCCAUAGUGUGGAAGGCUACCAAGGGGAAAGUGGAGGAACCGGACAUCUACGACUUAGCUCCUAACGACUCUUCUGAUUCUGCGGGUCAGCGACUAUGGAGACUGUGGCAGGAGGAAGUUCAGUCUAGAGGCAUCGAGAAGGCCUCGUACUACAGGGUCAUGCUUCGGGCCAUCAAAACUCGGUGGAUUGUGGCUUCUCUCGUCCUGUUCUGCAGCCUCGCGUGUUCCUUCAUCUCCGCGUCGGUGAUCAUCAAAGAGCUGCUGGCCUACGCCGAGACGACGAACCCGAACAUCAAUGUGGGGAUCGCGCUGGUGUGCGGCAUGCUGUGUACGGAGAUGAUCAGGGUCCUGGCCAUCAGCUUCAUGUUCGUGCUCAACUACCGCACAGGCGUCAGGCUCAUGGGAGGAUCGCUCUCAUUGGUCUUCAAGAAGAUCCUACGCUUGCGCAGUUUGAAGGACAAGUCCGUUGGGGAGUUGGUGAACCUUCUGUCCAAUGACGGCAUGCGUCUGUUCGAGUUCGUGGCCUUUGGAAACUUCAUCGUCAACACGCCUCUGCUCUUCAUCCCGGGCAUCAUCUACACCUGCAUUAUCCUGGGGCCCUGGGCUCUGCUGGGGGUCCUCACGUUCAUCGUGUUUUUACCCUUACAGGGUCUAUUUGGCAAGAUCGUGGCGGUGAUCCGCCGGAAGUGCGUCCGCAUCACCGACAGGCGCGUCCGCAUGAUGAGCGAGAUGCUAACCAGCGUCAAACUCAUCAAGAUGUACGCAUGGGAGCGACCCUUCGCCAAGACAAUCGGUGGUAUCCGGGCACAGGAGAGGAAGAUGCUGGAAACAGCUGGUUUUGUCCAGGCCAUGAGCUUCGCUGUCACCCCUGCUGUACCUGUCAUCGCAGCUGUGCUGUCCUUCAUCGGCCAUACUCUGUCCGGGAACAACCUCACUCCUGCGCAGGCUUUCACCGUAGUGUCCGUGUUCAAUUCCCUGCGGUUCGGCCUGGCUCUGCUGCCAUUCUCCGUGAGAGCGAUAGGGGAGAGUUUAAUCGCCGCUGCAAGAAUCAAGAGUGUGCUUAUCAUGGAAGAACUGGAGCCCUAUAAGGACAAACCAUCCGACCGGUGCAACGCAAUUGAGAUCACCGCCGCCACGUUCGGCUGGGACGCGCUGGACCGGAAGGGCGAGGAGAAAUCGGAGAAAGGAAAGGAUUCUGGGAAGAUGCAAAAUGGCGGCCCGCCCGGAGGACGAGGACCGCCUGGGAAAAACGGAAAGAAGGGAAAGAAAGGGAAGAAGGGUAAAGACGGGGACAAACAGGAGGAGGAGGAGGAAGAAAAGGACAAGACUAUUCCUACCAUCUUUGACAUUGAUCUCACACUUCCUAAGGGAUCUCUACUCGGGGUCUGUGGAGGAGUGGGCUCCGGGAAAAGUUCUCUCAUCUCUGGAAUCCUUGCACAGAUGCGGCUUUUAAAAGGGAAGGUGGCGACAGACGGAAAUUACGCGUACGUGGCACAGCAGGCGUGGAUUCUGAACAGCAGCGUGCGCGACAACAUUCUGUUCGGACAGCCCUUCGACAAAGAGAAAUACGACCGGGUUUGUUACGCCUGUUCUUUACUACCGGACUUCCAGCAGCUGCCGGACGGAGACCAGACUGAGAUCGGAGAACGCGGAGUGAACAUCAGCGGAGGACAGAAGCAGCGCGUCAGCCUGGCGCGUGCGCUGUACGCCGACAGAGACAUCUACCUGCUGGACGACCCCCUGAGCGCCGUGGACGCGCACGUCGGGAAGCACAUCUUCAACAACUACGUCAAAAAGGAACUCAAGGACAAGACGGUGCUGUUCGUCACACACCAGCUGCAGUAUCUCAGCGAUUGUGAUGAGAUUAUCGUGUUCAACGACGGCCGGAUCACGGAAAAAGGCAAACACCGUCAGCUGAUGAACCUCAAUGGAGAAUAUGCUAAUCUCAUCUUGAACUUUCACGAGGAUGAGGAGGACGAGGAAGAUGCUGACCUGAUUGUCGAGCAGGAGGACGUGGUGAUCGAGACAGAAAGUCCCCUGCAAAGGAACCCGUCUGUACAGCGGUCACUAAGAAGGAGGGAUUCCAAACGUGCGUCACAGAGGUCGUUCCAACGACAGGAUUCCGUCCGUAGCUCCAUGAACUUGAAGCGGUCCUACAGUAUCCGGUCCGUCCACAGCACCGCCAGCGAGACGGCCGGACACAUCGAAGAACCGCCCGAGAGAGAAGACUUCGACCCAGAACCAGAGGGAAAGAAAGAAGACGGAGACCCUCAAAAACUGGUAACCGAAGAGGAGAAGUACAAAGGAACAGUGGCCGGUGCGACGUACUGGUCAUAUGUCAAGGCUGGUGGAGGUGUAAUCGUCUGCACCUUAACGAUGCUCCUGUUUAUCCUGAACACUGCGUCCAUGGUCUUCAGUAACUGGUGGCUGACUUACUGGUUGAACCAAGGAAGUGGGGUACCAUUGAACCAAUCCGACCCGAGCACAUUUAACCUGACCGAGAACCCGAGGUUGAACUUCUACAUCCUGAUCUAUGGCAUGACUGUGGUGGCCAUGCUGGUGAUCGCAGUUAUCAAGGGCUACUGUUACGUCAAGGUGACUCUCGGAGCUUCUUCGUCGAUGCACGACUCAGUCUUUGCUUCGAUAUUCCGCUGUCCCAUGAAGUUCUUUGACGUCACUCCCACUGGUAGGAUCCUGAACAGGUUCUCGCGAGACUUGGAUGAGAUUGACGUUCGACUGCCCCUCACCAUGCAGCUGUUCCUGGACAACGUCUGGGUCGUCUUUGCCUCCAUCUUGAACGUCUGCAUCGUCUUCCCAUGGUUCCUUGUGGCACUGGGGCCUCUAGGGAUCCUGUUUGCCCUGGUGCUCGUAUUCUUCAGACACAUCAUCAGGGAACUAAAAAGGUUCGACAACGUCAGAAGGUCCCCUUGGUUCUCCCACGUGACUGCCUCUAUCCAGGGCCUCAGCACCAUCCACGCCUAUGAAAAAAACGACAACGUCAUGGACAAGUUCGCCACGCUCUUGGACAAACAAAAUGCCGCCUUCCUGAUGUACCACUACAGCACGCGCUGGCUGGCGGUCCGGCUCGACUCUGUGGCCCUCUCCAUCAACGUUCUGGCCGCGCUCAUGGUGGUGGUGUUCCAGGGUACGAUCCCGGCGUCAUGGGCCGGUCUGGCGCUGUCAUAUGCCAUUCAGACGUCAGGUCUGCUACAGCUCUGUGUUCGGAUGGCGUCGGAGACGGAGUCCAGGUUCACGUGUGUGGAGAGGAUAACCCACUACGCCGACAAUUUGGAGCAAGAGGCACCAGAGCAGAUAAAAGGCUCGGACCCGCCUGAGAGCUGGCCUGACCAGGGUGUUCUCCAGUUUAAUCGGUACCAGAUGCGCUACAGGGAGAGUCUGCCCUUGGUGCUGAAGGACAUCCAGUGCAACAUCCGGCCCAGGGAGUCCGUGGGCAUUGUGGGUAGAACUGGUUCGGGCAAGUCAUCACUGGGCGUUGCUCUCUUCCGAUUGGUGGAGCCGUCGGGCGGGUCCAUCUUGAUCGACGGGGUGGACACCAGCAAGAUCGGGCUCCAGUCCCUCCGCAGCAAACUGUCCAUCAUCCCGCAGGACCCCGUGUUGUUUGUAGGAACCAUCAGGUAUAAUUUGGACCCGUUCAAUCAGUACAAGGACCCGGAGCUAUGGCGUGCGCUGGAGAGGACAUACAUGAAGGACGCGAUUUCUAAUCUAGAGAAACAGUUGGAGGCUCCCGUGGUAGAAAAUGGUGAAAACUUCUCAGUCGGUGAAAGACAGCUCAUCUGUAUGGCCAGGGCCCUGCUUAGGAACAGCAAGAUCAUUCUACUUGACGAGGCAACUGCGGCCAUCGACUCAGAGACGGACAGUCUCAUACAGAAGACCAUCCACGAGGCCUUCACAGACUGCACCAUGCUGACCAUAGCACAUCGGCUCAACACUGUGCUGAACAGCGACCGCAUCAUGGUCAUGGAGGAUGGAAAGCUGGUAGAGUUCGACACGCCAGCAGCUCUCAUGUCCGACCCGAAUUCGCGCUUCAGUGCCAUGAUGGCGGCCACCGGAAGUGACGUCAGCAAAUACCUCGCCAACAAUCCCGUUCCCGCUCUACCGGAUGUAGAAGAAGCAGAUGAAGAAGAGAACACGAAGUUGUAGAUUUAUGUUCGGGGACAAAUAGGUAUCUCCAGUAUGUAUAUCAGUCACGAAUGAUUUAUAUAUUCUUUCAUAGUCACGAGAUCCUAUAGAUAAAGACGUCAAUUCAGUGAAAUGUCUUUUUUUCUGUUUAUUUUAGUCUUAUGUAACCGAUGCAGAUUUGCAAUACAUGUAACGUUGUGUUUAAAACCAACAGGGACAGUAUUAUUAAGGAAAUUUCUGGUAAAGAAAGAUGUAAUGCUAAAAAGUCGAGUGUUUAUUCAUUUUUUAGAUUUACCUGUACGUAUUUUAGAGGAGAACUGAGAUAUUCUAGCCAUUUUGUUUGCAAUAUGCCAUAUCUUUUAUUAACCGAUAGCUAUUACAAUAACUGAAUGUUGAUCUUUAUGUAUGAGUCGGGCACGUAUACUAUGUAAGUACUAGUACUACCAUUAUGUAAGUAAGUUAUUCUGUUAUUCAUGUAUAUGGAGCUGUGUUAUGGAUUUUUAUUUCUAUGUUGAGGGGCUUUUUCGGACCUUAAGAAUACCAUCAUAACAUAACACCAAAUGAACAAAAAAUGACGUUUCUGAAAAACCGCAAUAUGUUUCAAUUGUUGCUGAUUGUUUGUUGAAGAAUUUGCAACACUUAUAACUGUUCAUGAUCAUUCUAGAAUCAUUGUAGAGAUAAUUACUCAUUGAUAUUCAAAACACAUUUCUACUGUCACCAUAACACGAAGCAGAGUGCUGCUACAGUCGUUUAUUUUAAACAUAUCAAAGCCACACUUUUUAUAUGCAAUAUACCGGUGUAUGAAAGGAUGUCAGGGAUAUUCUAUGCGGACCAAACUUGAUGAAUAAAGCAUAUUUUGCACACA